UGCUUCACAACAAAGGCUCCAUAGCACAGUCAUUCUCUCUGAUACAGUGCUGAUUCCUGGGAAGAAUAGCAGAUUAAGACAUGAAGACUUCCCAGCUGGUCAAAUUGGAUUGGGUGAUUUCCUAAAUGGAUAGCUGCACCUUCUUCGCUAUAGGACGUGAAAAUCUGAGAAAUGAACAAAUUACGGCAAAGCUUUAGGAGAAAGAAAGAUGUCUAUGUCCCAGAGGCCAGCAGGCCUCAUCAGUGGCAGACUGAUGAAGAAGGCGUUCGUACUGGCAAGUGUAGCUUUCCUGUUAAGUACUUGGGACACGUCGAAGUGGACGAAUCCAGAGGAAUGCAUAUCUGUGAAGAUGCUGUGAAGAGGCUGAAAUCUCUACCUACAGUAAUAGCGCUCGACUUGUCCCCCCUGUUCCUCCAGGAAAGGAAGUUCUUCAAAGGCUUCUUUGGAAAAUCUGGGAAGAAAGCCGUCAAAGCUGUCCUGUGGGUUUCGGCGGAUGGACUCAGAGUUGUAGAUGAGAAAACAAAGGAUCUUAUAGUUGAUCAGACAAUAGAGAAGGUUUCUUUCUGCGCACCAGACAGGAACUUUGACCGGGCGUUCUCAUACAUCUGCCGAGACGGCACAACGAGACGCUGGAUCUGCCACUGUUUCAUGGCUGUGAAGGACACGGGGGAAAGGUUGAGUCACGCCGUGGGCUGUGCAUUUGCAGCAUGCCUGGAGCGAAAGCAGAAGCGAGAGAAGGAGUGUGGAGUGACUGCCACCUUUGAUGCCAGCAGAACCACAUUCACUAGAGAGGGGUCAUUCAGGGUCACUACAGCUACUGAACAAGCAGAGAGAGAGGAAAUUAUGAGACAGAUGCCGGAUGCUAAAGCAGUUGAAACAGAAGUGAAAACAGUAGCACCAGGUGCUGCACCAAACAAUACUGCCCCCUCUUCUGGCUCACCAACCUCUCCUACUGCUGAAGUUGCUGCCUCUCUGGAUAAAGAAAUGAGCAACCCCCACGCUAUCCCACGGCGGCACGCCCCUAUAGAACAGCUUGCCAGGCAAGGGUCUUUCAGGGGCUUCCCUGCCCUUAGCCAAAAGAUGUCUCCUUUUAAACGCCAGUUGUCUUUGCGAAUAAAUGAGCUGCCUUCAACAGUGCAAAGGAAGACUGAUUUCCCCAUGAAAAACUCAGUCCCAGAGGUAGAAGGGGAAACAGACAGCAUUAGUGCCCUGUGCUCUCAGAUCACCAGUGCUUUCAGCACGCCAUCAGAAGAUCCUUUCUCUUCGGCCCCCAUGACAAAACCAGUGACAGUAGUUGCACCACAGUCUCCUGCCUUUCAAGUUAAUGGCACUGCCUCUGCCUUCUGUGUGCUUGCUGCUAAACCAUCCCAAGCUGCUGUAGUGUCCACAGCUAUGCCAGUUCGUGAAACCAAUCCUUGGGCUCAUGCUCCUGCUGCUAAUACUGGAGCUGCAGCCAUGGUCGCUGGCACCGAAUGGAGCAGCACCUCCUCAGGUGCAGCCUCACCAAAUCUCUUCCAAGGAAAUCACAGACGUACUCCCUCAGAGGCAGACCGCUGGUUGGAAGAGGUCUCAAAGACUGUCAGAGCCCAACAGCAGCCAACCUCAGCCCCACAACCACAGCCACUGCUCCAGCCUCCUCCAGCAGCUCCAGCCUCCCAGUCAGCACCAGCCUUCCCAGUCAGCACCUUCAUCGCGCCUCAGCCUGUGCCGGUGGGCGUGGUACCGCCCAUGCAGCCGCCAUUUAUUCCAGCUCAGCCCUAUGCUGUGGCAAACGGGAUGACCUAUGCAGCCCCAAGUGUCCCUGUGGUCGGGAUCACACCUUCCCAGAUGGUGGCCAACGUCUUUGGUACUGCCAGCCACACUCCAGCGGCCCACCCGCAUCAGUCGCCCAGCCUGGUGAAGCAGCAGCCGGUCCCUCAGUACGACAGCAGCAGCAGCAGCGCCACUGCCAGCCCCUUCUUCCACCCGCCCGCGCAGCACAACGGCUCCGCCGCCUUCAACGGCGUGGAGGGGGGCAAAUGGGCUGCCGAGGACAAGCAUCCGCAGCCCCCCGCGCCCGCCCCGCAGGUCGACCCCUUCGAGGCGCAGUGGGCGGCUCUGGAGGGCAAGGCAAAGCAGCGCACCAACCCCUCCCCCACCAACCCCUUCUCCAGCGACCUGCAGAAGACAUUCGAGAUCGAACUCUAAGCGCUCCUGUGGGGGCAGAAAAAUUGUACAUUAGGAUAGAGGGAUAAAGGGAGCAGAGGGGACUGUUUCUGAUCGGUUUGCUUUGAUAAUCCCAAAGGUCCCUUCAGACAAAAAUGGGUUAGAAAGAGGGAGCGAUUACGGAGGAUGGAAACACACGGAGAAUUUAAUGUGCAGUUCUUAAAAGGAAUCCUGGAGCCACCCCAGUCUGCAUUCCCUCCUCUCUUGGAAAGCUGGAAGUCAAAUGGAGCAACAAAAAGCACCCAGUCCCAAAGCCUGUUCUGCAGAAACAUCAAUCAUCUCACAGAAAGGAAGGCAGAUGUUUGUACCUGUGUCCUCCUGAUACCCUGCAAGCCCUGGAUGUUCCCCCUCAGGGAAAAAUUGGGUAGGGUGGGGGGUGGAUAUGGGUGGGAUGUUGUCACCUUAGCAAAAAGCUAGGUUUGUGGAAAAAGUUGAGCUUCCAUUUUGAGUAACAAAGUGAAUAUUAUAUGUAAAGAAUAAAGUAAAGCCAAAAUCUUUAUUUUUAUGCAUUUAGAAUAUUUUAAAUAGUUGGAUAUUAAAAGCUGUAUGAGUUGUAAGUAAUCUUGCCAAAGGUUAAAAAACAAGGGGCUUGGAUGUAAGAAAUUGUACAUAAGAUUGAUUUAUCGCUGAUUCUUAUAGUAAGUAAUAUUGGGGGGGUGGAAAAAGGGGCUCUAGCUUGUUCUUGUAUCUGUUCAUUGUAAGUAGCAUAUUGCAACAACAAUCACAACCAAUAAGUCAUUAUAUCGUAGUUUUAAAUAAAGAAAAUUAAAGAACAGUAUUGUCAUGGUUUGAAAACCAUGGGGAAAAUUUACUGUUUUUUAUUGGAAUCAAUCUACAUAUUCUAUAUAGUAUGGAUUUUUUUUCCUUUCAUAUAUUGCUGCAGUUUCUUUGUCUUAAUCUAUUGGUUCUAACACUACUGUGACAACUUACUGUCAUCAUAUCUACAUCCCGGGGCUGCCUGGGAAACCAUUUUAUGUUUGUCUGUCAAUAGUUCUUAGAGGUUUUUAACUUUGGUUUUAUUUUUUCCCACUGAUUUGUGAAACCUUGUGGUUAAGGCUGCAGCUGGUCCAGGUUCUGCCUCUGGUGACUUGUGAAAACCAUCUCAUUUUAACUUUACUUUUAAACUUUGGCCUUACAAGCAAAUGUAAGUUAUAUAUAUUUGUACUGAUGAUUUAUAAUCUGCUUUAACAGAAAUAAAUGUUGGUGGUAGAA